AUGGAUGGAGAGAGUAAUCAUGGAAGUAUCACGGGUAUGAAGCCCGAAGAGCUCGCUAGCAGUAUUAGCUCGAGGAGCGUUAUGACUGAUCCGGGGUCUAGUUCAGAAGAUACAAAGAAAUCUAAAACAACAAAGAAACGGAAGAAGAAGGUUGAAAUUGCAUGUGUUUAUUGUCGUAGGUCACAUAUGAUUUGUGAUGAUUCAAGACCCUGUCAGCGUUGUAUCAAAAGAGGUAUAAGCCAUUUAUGUCAUGAUGAACCAUCUAAUUCAAGACAGCGUAAAAAGGCAGAAGCCAUGGUCAAAGACCCAGAGCCAAAUGUGCCGCAUUCACAACCAAUACAGUCGCACUCUAUGGCACAACCUAUUAGUGCCCAAAGGUUUUUACCUACAGAUCAAAGAAGCCCGGUUAACUUGAAUCCUCAACACAAAUCUGUUAAUAACUCAGUUGUGUCGCAAACAUUACCGUACAAGCAGGAGCCUUUUUUCUAUUCUGAACAUGCAGGUAGUGAAUUCAGCUCAUUAAACGACUUUUUGUCGAUGAUUGAUGAUCCUGAUUUGGUACACGGUACUUUAAACGACGAGACUAAUAAUAAUGAUCCUUUGUAUGCGUUUGGGAUGGGAAAUAAUGGUAAUAAUAUAAGUAAUAUUGAUAUACCCAACCAUUCAAAUAAUAACAGUAACACUAAUAAUAAUAACAAUAAUAAUAAUAACAAUAAUAAUAAUACUAAUAACCCUAAUAGCACUAAUAAUAAUGGCAACAAUUUGACGAAUAUUUUAUCGUUUUCCCCAAAUGCUAAUAUGUUUUCACCUUCUUUUUCAAAUGACCCUGAAUCUAUGGAACAAACUCAAAAUCAAUCACAUAUGCAACCCCAAGUUGGCAGUAAUGCGUAUGGUAAACCUAAAAAUAACUUACAUCCAUCCACUAAUCAAGCUACCCAUCAACCUGCCAUAUCCGAUGCAGCAAGAGAUAAAUUUUUCCUAACAGCAGCAGAUCCUACUACUGAAAUAUCUCCAGAAGAGAGAUUAAAGCAAGUUAUCAAGGCUAAAUUGGAGGCGGGUUUGUUGCAACCCUAUAAUUAUGCAAAAGGUUAUGCUAGGUUACAAAGCUAUAUGGACAACUAUAUGAAUUUAUCAAGCAGGCAAAGAAUUUUAAAGCCGUUAUCCGUUUUUCGUCCUGCUUUUAGGGCAAUUGCUAGGACCCUUAAGGAUGUCGAUUUGGUUUUGGUAGAAGAGAGUUUUGAAAGAAUGCUUUUAGAUUAUGAUAGAGUCUUCACGUCUAUGGCAAUCCCAGCAUGUCUUUGGAGGCGUACAGGUGAAAUAUAUAGAGGUAAUAAAGAGUUUGCGUCGCUAGUUGGAGUACUGACAGAUGACUUAAAAGAUGGUAAAUUAGCCAUAUAUGAGUUGAUGAGUGAAGAAAGUGCCGUCAACUUUUGGGAAAAAUAUGGUGCUAUUGCAUUUGACAAGGGCCAAAAGGCUGUUCUAACCAGUUGUAACUUAAGAACUAAAGAUGGUAUAAAAAGAAAGAGUUGUUGUUUUAGCUUCACAAUCAGAAGAGAUAGGUAUAACAUACCAAGUUGUAUAGUUGGUAAUUUUAUACCCAUCGACCCUUAA